AUGAAUCACGGCGUGUGUCACGGCGUGUGUCACGGCGUGUGUCACGGCGUGUGUCACCGCCGCACUCCAGGGGCUACACUUACUUCCUCUGAAUCACGACGCCUCGAUACGUUCCCGUUGUUCCCGCCGCCGCUCACCGCUCUCGCUUGUUCUCCUCCGCAGAAGUAUCGAGCGGACAUGCCCGGCUCCAACAGUGCCUUUAUCCCCACCAUCAAUGCCAUCACCACCAGCCAGGACCUGCAGUGGAUGGUCCAGCCCACCGUGAUCACCUCCAUGUCCAACCCCUACUCCCGCUCGCACCCCUACAGCCAUCACCUCGGCAACGGCCCGGGCCUGCUGGGUCACAACGCGCUCGCCAGGCCCGGGGUCAUACGCUCCAUCGGGGACGCUCGGAGACGGAAGAGGGACGAGCAGCUCACUCCUGAAGAAGAAGAGAAAAGACGAGUGAGACGAGAGAGGAACAAACUCGCCGCCGCCAAAUGCCGCAACCGCCGACGGGAACUGACAGAGCUGCUGCAGGGGGAGACGGAGAAACUGGAGGAAGAGAAAGCCGACCUCCAGAAAGAGAUCGAGACGCUGCAGAAGGAGAAGGACAAGUUGGAGUUUAUGCUCGUGGCGCACAACCCGGUCUGCAAGCUGCCCCUGGAGGACCGCCCCCAGAGCAACGGCAACCACCCGCCCACGCACCACCACCACCACCCGGCCACGCACCACCACCCGCCCGCGCCCCAGCAGCAGUGCGCGCCCCUGCCCCUCACCAUGCGCCCCGCCAUGCCUCCUCGGGCCUCCCAGAACCCCGUGGUGGUCAAGCAAGAGCCCGAAGACGGAGAAAACAAGCACCUACCGCGCUCCGUCAUCAAACCCAUCUGCCUGGGCGCCAUGUACUGCUCCGACGGGGACAGCCUGAACACUCCGGUGGUGGUGGCCUCGACCCCAGCCCAGACCCCCAACACCAACCCCAGCCUCAUCUUCACGUACCCCAGCAUGAUGGAGCCGGAGAGCCCGUCGCCGUCGUCUGAGUCCUGCUCCAAGGCGCACCGGCGGAGCUCCAGCAGCGGGGAUCAAUCCUCAGACUCGCUCAACUCGCCCACUCUUUUAGCGCUCUAG